GUUACUGCAGUACUUUGCCUGUUUGCGAUAAUAUUAUUUUCGCUUAGAUUAUAAAAUAUAAAAUCAACUAAAAACACACAACCUCUAGUGUUUCACCCAGCUGAUUUUCUCGUAGUUGUUAUCAAUGUAAUUCUUGUGAGUUCAGCUUACAUCGUACGAUAUUCACGUCAUAACUCAUAACUCAUACAAAUAAACAUUCGUCGUCAGCUGAGGUUAUAUAGAUUGCGUAAAAAAGAGGAACUCAUAUUCGUAUACAAUUUAUUUAAUAUCGUCAUUCGUUUAGAUCGUUCGUGCUUCGCGUGUUCUGUUUUAAGUAAUUUUAACAUGUCCGAUAUAAAAUGGUAUUUUUUCUCAGUGCUAAUAUUUUGCUUAUUGGCUCGUAAUUCGUUGGGUUUAUCGCCGGUUAUUAUGAUACCAGGUGACGGUGGCAGCCAAUUAGAAGCAAAGCUAAACAAGACGAAUGUAGUCCAUUACAUAUGCGCCAAGACCUCCACGGACUAUUACAACAUAUGGCUCAACCUCGAGCUUCUGGUACCCUUUGUCAUAGAUUGCUGGGUGGACAACCUGAAGCUACAAUAUAACAAUGUCACCAGAACAACCAGUGACCCUCCUGGAGUGGAUAUCAGAGUUCCAGGAUGGGGCAACCCUGAACCAGUUGAGUGGUUGGAUCCAUCUCAUGACUCUGCAGGAGCAUACUUUAACGCUAUUGGUGAUGCUCUAGUCAAAAUUGGUUAUGUGAGGAAUGUAUCAUUGAGAGGUGCUCCAUAUGAUUUCAGGAGAGCUCCAAAUGAAAACGGGGAGUUCUUUGUCAAGUUAAAAACUCUGGUAGAAGAAACUUACGCAAUGAAUAACAAGUCAGCUGUCACCCUUCUGGUGCACAGUAUGGGAGGCUCCAUGGGCCUUCACUUCCUGAGGCUGCAGACACAGUCAUGGAAGGAUCAGUACAUCCGACGGAUGAUCUCUCUGUCCACCCCCUGGGGAGGAGCUGUGAAGGCGCUCAAGGUAUUUGCUAUAGGAGACGACCUCGGCUCCCUGAUGCUGAGUCAGAGCACGAUGCGCGCAGAGCAGAUCACGUGCCCCUCUCUGGCGUGGCUGCUGCCCUCGCCCAACUUCUGGAAGCCGUCCGAGGUGCUGGUACAGACGGACAAGUUCAACUACACCCUCAAUGACCUCGAGAAACUGUUCAAUGACCUGGACGUGCCGAACGCUUGGGAGAUGCGCAAAGACACGGAGAAAUACUCGCGCGACUUCACGGCGCCCGGCGUCGAGCUGCACUGUGUGUACGGCUACAACAUCUCCACUGUCGAGAGGCUAGUGUACAAGCCGGGCACGUGGCUGGACGGCUCGCCGACGCUGCUGUCGGGCGACGGCGACGGCACCGUCAACCUGCGCUCGCUCAACGCUUGCGAGCGCUGGGGCAAGCGACGCCGCGGCGUCUCGCUCAACAAGCGCCCGAUCAAGAGCGUCCCGCUCGCGGGCGCCGAGCACAUCAAGAUCCUGCACGAUCCGCGCGUCACAGAUUAUAUCACCUCAGUCAUGAAAAACGAUUAGGUCAGUACGCGACGCUCGUCGCUUAACAAGAGCCCACUCAAAGUCAACAGCGUGUAGCUUGCCGCAAGCGGUACUCGCUGAGCACAUAAAGACCCUGCUUUGUUUCAACUGGCUUUACGGCUCUGGGGUUCUAGUCCUUUUGAUCACGACCCGCGCGUCACAGACUAUAUCACAAUGACUG